AUGGGUUCCAUUACAGAACCAUCCCCGGUGCCAAACCACGGAAAGCCCCUUGGAAUCCAGCUGGUAGAACACGUAAAAAAGUCGAAAAUUUCGUACAAGACUCACCAAGCCAUAGUCCUAAUCGUGACCUUUUUCGCCUACUUAACCUACCACGCCACCCGUAAAACCACAAGUGUCGUCAAGAGCGCGCUCGACCCACAAUCACCGGAUGUCGAGCUAAAAUCACCCUUCUCGUGGACGAGGGCCUACUCGCACAACCCGCUCGAGACUGCAAAGCUCAGCAACUCGUGGGUUCUUGGAUCCGGGUGGGCCCCGUUCAACGGGCCCGAAGGUACCACUCUGCUAGGGGUGCUCGAUGUGGCCUUCCUCUUCGUGUAUGCCAUGGGAAUGUACUUCUCGGGCCACGUAGGAGAUAGAAUGGACCUUAGGAUAUUUCUCACCAUAGGAAUGGUCGGAACUGGUUUGUUCACUUCCCUAUUUGGGGUUGGGUAUUGGGGGAACAUUCAUUUGUUUUACUAUUAUUUACUAGUCCAAAUGCUGGCCGGUUUGUUCCAGUCGACCGGGUGGCCAUCGGUUGUGGCUGUUGUCGGUAACUGGUUCGGGAAGAAAAAGAGAGGGCUCAUUAUGGGGAUUUGGAACGCGCACACGUCCCUAGGCAACAUAACUGGCUCCGUUGUUGCUUCGGUUUUGUUGAAGUACGGUUGGGGUUGGUCCAUGGUGGUACCCGGCCUGGGUAUUGCCUUUGUGGGGUUAUUGCUCUUCUGUUUCUUGCCGGUUAGUCCUGAGUCUGUUGGGGUCAGCUUAGACGAGGAAGAUGAUUCGCCGCUGAUGUCACCCAAGAAGGAAGGUGAAGAGAUAACCGAGCCUCUUUUGAGGUCGAAAUCUGACGAUAGGGACGCCGUUGGGUUUUUGGAGGCAUGGAGGAUUCCCGGGGUUGCCCCGUUUUCGCUGUGCCUUUUCUUCUCGAAAUUGGUGGCGUACACUUUCCUUUACUGGCUCCCGUUCUACAUUAGCCACACUGCUAUUGAAGGAAGAUACUUGUCCAACGAGGAGGCUGGGAACCUAUCAACGAUGUUCGACGUGGGAGGGGUAAUUGGGGGAAUUCUCGCGGGCCACAUUUCGGACAGGCUAGACGCUAGAGCCAUAACGGCCGCCAGUUUCAUGUACUGUGCAAUACCGGCACUCUUCUUCUACAGAAGCUACGGACACGUGUCCAUGGCCCUGAACGUGGUACUUAUGCUAGUGACGGGUAUGUUUGUGAACGGGCCUUACGCGCUCAUCACCACCGCGGUCUCGGCUGACCUCGGGACCCACAGUAGCCUCAAGGGGAACUCGCGGGCCCUGGCCACGGUCACGGCUAUCAUAGAUGGAACGGGCUCGAUUGGGGCAGCUGUGGGCCCGCUGCUGACAGGCUACAUCUCGGCCCAGAGCUGGAGCGCCGUGUUCACGAUGCUGAUGGGGGCAGCCCUGGUGGCGGGGCUGCUGCUGACGAGGCUGGUCGUGGCUGAGGUCGGUGCCAAGAUUCAGGGGGCGAGGAAUCCGGAAGGUUCUCGGCCGAGGUGCCCCGUGUUGGAUGUAUGA